GGCUGUAGGAGGAGGAGGGGGCUGUAGGAGGAGGAAGGGGCUAUAGGAGGAGGAGGAAGGGGCUGUAGGAGGAGAAGGAAGGGGCUGUAGGAGGGGGAGGAAGGGGCUGUAGGAGGAGGAGAAAGGGGCUGUAGGAGGAGGAAGGGGUGCAAGAGGAAGGGCAGAGGGGUCUCUAGCCUGAGCAGGGAGGCCUUGGAGGCUAGGUUGCUGGACAUAGGUUGCUGGCUGGCCUCCGUCCUCCCUCAGCCUAUGCCAGCACCAGGCCCAGGCGCUGGGGGAGGUGUCCCUCACAUAGCUGCAGGCUCCUCAAAUGCCAUCUAUUUGUGGCCCGGACUCUGGGGCAGCAGGAGGCGCAUGUGACCGAUAGUAUGUGGUAUUUUUGGCAGUGGGGGUGGGGCCUUCAUGGCUGUACCAUGUCGCCUGGAACAGGCUGAGCUCAAGGCCCCUCCAAGCCCCUCCCAGCUGUGGGGUCCCAGGUGGGACACAGUUGGUCCUCGUGCCCGUCCUAUGGGGUCCCCCAUGUGGGAAGCCUCCGUAGGCACCUCUCCAGGUGCUGGCUAGGGGGGUGAAAGUGGGUCAGGAAGCCACAGCCCUGGUCUUGAACUAUCUCGUCUCAGGAUUGUCCCAGCCAGAGUGACCACCCAGCUGGGGUCUGGUGGUGGUGGCCCCAGGGAGUCAAGACGCUGGAGGCCUUGGGCUCAAUGAGAUGAGCAGAGGAGGGGCCAGGCAGCAGUCAGGCCUGAGUAGGGGCACAGACCCUAGGGAUAGCCCUGAGGGGUGCGGGGGGUCAGGACAUGCUCCUGCAUCCAGUGACCUCGGCCAGGCAUGCGUAGGGCCACAGCCAGGUGUCCCUGCCGAGCCCUGGACUGGAUCUGGCAACCCCAGCGUGACCUUGGUGAGCUGAGAGGAAGCCCGGCUUGGGGCCACCUUGGCUCAGCCUGCCCCACUAAAGCUAGUGGAAGGUCACUGAGGGCUGGUCACCUGCUAGACACUGUGGCCGCCUCCCUGGCCAGUUGCCUUCUGGGGCAUGCUGGGAUAGGCCAGGGCUGGCUGACCCUCGGGGCCCUUGAACAGACAGAGACUCCUUGGAGGAUAAGGACCGGGGAGGACGAGCCUCCGAUACGUGCAAAGACGUGCAGGAACCGUGGGGUGAGGGUGUCCAGCAUGAGGGGCCUCGCUGUUCUAAAGCCUUGUCUAACGUCGGGAACGUCAUCUGGUCUCUAUACAAUCACUGCAGGCUCCACUUGGAAACAGGCAGAGUGGGAAUGGAAGAUUUUCUAACUCGGAGGAAAUAAUCAAAAAGGUUUGGAAGAAACACCCUGUUUCCGCGGGAAUAUCCUGUUCUGUUUUCUUUCAGGGCGGGGAUGGAGCACAGGUCCCCGGGCUAGGGGCCUGGGGGGCAGCCACCAGAGCCCAUGGGAAGGAGGUCCCCGGUCUACCACCUCCUCUGGUGCCGCACUGACUCAACAUGGAAAACUUUCAGUACAGCGUCCAGCUGAGUGAUCAGGACUGGGCUGAGUUCUCAGCCACUGCUGAUGAGUGUGGCCUCCUACAGGCCGACCUGGCAUCUGGGGAUGAGCCCUUGUCCAGUGACAUUGACCAAGGGGACAGCAGUGGCAGCAGUCCCCCCAGGCCCCCACCCCUCCUCACUGGGCAGCAGAUUCUGGGGGGGAGGGGCCGGUGGGGCUACGAGGAAGAAGAUGUGGACACCCAGCAGCUGGUCAGCAGGUGUAAACCCAUCCUGGCUCUUGGUGCUUGUCAGCAGACGCCCGGCACGUCCACAUUGUCAGGAGUCCAGCAGCCCCUCAGCUCUGGCGUUGGCCCUCACUCUGCGUCCCUCCUGAGGCCAGUGAUUUCAGGAGGCGAGAUGCAGAGGCUUCUGCAGGGCUCAGCUGUCCGUGGCCCUACCCCUGGGCCCCCUGGUGAGCCCCCUCGGAGCCCUGAGCCCCCUCAGAGGUCCCCCAGCAGCCCUGGGGCCCCACUGCGGAGCCCCAGCAGGAAGAAGAGGCGUGCUACAGGCACGAAGGGGGGUGGGCGCCCAGGAGUCCCAGCCCAGCCCGACUCCCCGCCCCGCCCCCAAGCCAGGCCCCCACUCAUUGCUGCAGAGCCGGCCACAGGCACCAGGCAGGGGCCGGACUUCGUGCAGGCUUCUGGGGCUGGGGCUGGCACCCUGACUCCAGCUCCCCGGCGAGAGCUGGGUGUGGGGCUGCCCAUACCUGCCCUUGUGAAUGAGUCAGGUGCAGACCAGGUCAGAAUAAUCCCCAGAGCUGAACUGCACCCCAUUUGCACCGCUGACUCUGAGCCACCCCGCAACGAGGCUCCGGCUACCUCUGACUCCCAGCUUUCACCUGACGGGGCACAGUCUACACCUGACUCCAAGCUAGCCCCUGAUGGGGUUCUGUCUACAGCUGACUCCGAGACAUCCCCCGAUGGGGAUCCAUCUACACCCAACUCCCAGCCGCCACUCCAUGGGGCUCCAUCUGCACCUGACUCUGAGCCAUCCUCCCACGGGAUUCCACCUACGCACAACUCCCAGCCUCUACCCCACAGGGCUCUAUCUACACCUGACUCGGAGCCACCCUCAGAUGGGUCUCUGCCUACACCUGACUCUGAGCCUCCACUCGGUGGGGCUCUGUCUACACCUGUCUCUCAGCCUCCAUCAGACGGGACUCUGUCUGCACCCACCUCCAACCCUAGGGUGGGUGUAGAUCUGCCUAUGGUGGUCCCAGAGGUCAAGCCACAUGUGGACCCAUCUACACCUGUUGCAGUGGCUACCCCACGUUCAGCUCUGCUUCACCCCGCUCCCCAGGACAUGUGCAUGCCUGCCCACAGAGUGAUCACAGCUGCCCCCUCCUGGUCCUCUAUCCCUGAGGCCCUGCCUGGUGUAGGGGAGCCUGCGCCUGCGGCCAGGCUGGAUGUGAGCCUUGCUAUGUCUCCACAAGGACCCGAGCCCUCAGCAGAUACCGCUGGACACCUCUCAGCAGAGCCCCCCGCAGGCCCCACCCAGGUUCCCAAGAGGAAGAAAGUGCGAUUCUCCAUGGCUGCGGCCAGCCCUGAGGAGCCAGGAGUGGGAGUGGCCUCGGGCCCACCUUCACCAACCAGGAUGGAAGCGGGGGCCCAGGUGGCUCCAGGGGCCUGGGGGGCCCGGGUAGCUCCAGGGGCCUGGGACGCAGUGGCAGUUAGGCCCCGGCCCCCACAGCCUCGGAUCCUGAAGCACUUGCCUCCCCCUGCCCCCUCUGCCUCGGGGGGCCCGAGGUCCGGAAGAUUUUCCCUGACCCUCCCCGAGGCCUAUGAGUUUUUGUUUUGUGACACCAUCGAGGAGGAGGAGGAGGAUGCUGAGGAGGGGGCAGCUGGGCAGGCCCCAGAAGACAUGCAGUGGCCAGACGUCUGCGAGUUCUUCUUCCAGGACUGCAGGGCCCAGAGGCGGAGGCCCCAUGGGGGCUGUACCCCAGCCUCCUGCCUGCCAGCCAAGCCUGCGCCAGCCCCUCCACCUGAAGACCCUGCACACAUCUCUGUCCCCGAGGUAUAUGAGCACUUCUUUGAGGAGGAAAGGAAGGACCGAGUGCUGGAGCUGGCUCCCCCACCCGAACCCAGUGUGGCCACCAUCACGAAGGAGCUUGGCCUGGCGGGCAGGCAGCCAGGUGCCAGGACAGAUGUGCAGAGGACAGACGUGACUCAGGACAGGUAUAUUAAGGACAGACGUGUCAGGGAUAGGCAUGCUGUGGAUGGCCAUGUCCAGGGCAAGUGCGCCUCUGAGCAGAGCAGCUGGAGCAGAUAUGUGCCUCUUUUCCUAGGGGAGCCUUGGAGUUCCCUCCCCGUGUUCUCCUUCAGCCAGAGUGAUAUGUGCUUGGUGUUUGUGGCCUUUGCCACCUGGGCUGUGAGGACAUCAGACCUACACACCCCAGAUGCCUGGAAAACAGUCUUGCUGGCCAACAUUGGCACGAUUUCUGCCAUCCGGUACUUCCGCCGGCAGGUGAGCCGGGGGCGCCCCAGUCCCAGCCGCAGCCCCAGUCCCAGCCCCAGCCGCAGCCCCAGCCCUAGCCACAGCCACAGCCACAGCCACAGCCAUAGCUCUUAGGAGUCAGGCCCUGCCCAGGAAGACAGCAGGACCAGGAACCGGCCACAGGUGCCAGAACGACGUUGCUACCCUUUGGACCUUGGAUCCCGUCUCUCACAUGGUUAGGGCGUCUAGGCAGAAGCCAGCGUCCUGGUCCUGGCCCCCGCCCCCGACUCCACCAGAGGGGCCAGCCAGUGACCAAGGCUGAGGCCCCCCUCCACCCACCUGGGAGAUGCAGUUCUGGAACGCUGGGCUCAGGCGGAGCAAGGGGCUGGGUGGGAGAGUGGCCAGCUGAUUCAGCAAGUGAAAUGCAGUGUGCCCAGUGGAACAUGUACUUAUACCAGAAAGUGACCUGUUGCUUAGCUGUAGGCCACCUGGCAACCCCGAGUCAGGGGACAGGCAGGAUGGGGUGAGAGCAGCAUUGAGGACCCAGUGGGAGGUCUGGUGAAGAAGGAAGGUGGGAGGCUGGGGCCACAAGGCCGGGGGUCCCGGGAUUCCCUGCUCUGCUUCUAGGUAGGGGGCUUGUCAAGGGCAUCUGAGGCCACUCUGAGCCCCAAGGGCUGUGGCCAAGGCAGCGUCCAAGAGGCUGAGACACGGAGCAG